GGGAGAUCUGCUCCGCUCUGCGCCGCUCCGCUCUGCUCCGCUCCGCUCUGCUCUGCUCCGCUCCGCUCUGCUCUGCUCCGCUCUGCUCUGCUCUGCUCCUCUGCCCCAUCAUCGUCUUCCUCCCCCUCCCUUUCUCCCAGAGCCUUGUUCACGCGCCGCUCCUGACGCGCCACCCAACCAUGGCACCCACCACAAACCUUACCGCCAGCGCAAUGGCGGCGCUCAAGCUGCUGACGCUGUGCGCCCCGCUGGCAUCGGGCAUUGCCCUCAAGACAGAGGCCCGCAGCGCGGGGCGCGUGGCUGCCAGCGCCGAGGGGCGCUCGAGGACCCUGUCGGCGCAGGCCCUGCAGUACUUCCACGCCCUCAACGCCUCGUCGUCCAAGAGGCCCGUGCUCGUGCCGCCUGGCGACGUCCGGAGGGCAGAGGUGUCGCGGCCGGCCGCCGGCCGCCCCAGCCUCCUGGGCGUGGACGCGAGCCAGGGCCUCCGCUCGGGCGGUGGGUUCCAGCCCUCGGCGGAGUUCCAGGCUCAGGCGGAGGCCGGGCAAGGCCAGGGCGCCGAGCUGCCCUGGGGCGUCGGCACGCCCCGCGGCGGCGACAACUGGGUGGUCCACGAGUACUCCGCCAUGCACAUGCUCGACGUCCCCCACUGGGUCGAGUACAGCCUGGAGACGGGGGAUAACAUCCAGACGUUCAGCAACGCCUGGCAGGACGUGAAGCUCAUUACGCAGGUGCUCGAGAACGUCACCAACGGCUUCUACCUGGACACCCACGGCGGGGAUGGCGAGACGCACAGCUACACGCUGCUGCUCGAGAUCACCGGCUGGCGCGGCCUCAUACUGGAGCCUCAGAUCUACGAGUUCGCUACGCUGUGGGGCAAGAUGCGGAAGGCGUGGCUUUUCCUCGGGUGCUUGUCUCCGACCGGGAACGCCACAAAACUCGGCUUCGACACCGAUGGCGUACUCGACAUGCUGAGCGGUCACCAGAUCCACGCCUACAACUUGCCCACCUUCUUGGAAGAGAUGGGUGGCCGCAAGACCAUUGACUUCUGGGCCGUGCACAAUGGUCAUUACGAGGCAGAGGUCCUGAAUGAAACCUUCUUCGGUUCAGGAAAGAACCUCGAGUUCGGGGUCGUCCUGGUCCGCUUCAAUGGACGUAACGCUGGCCGUGGCUCUCAGUGGUUCGCUCAGCACAGGUCCAAGGACGAGACCGAAGAGCUCGUCUUUGAGAUCAUGCACAACGCCAGCUUCAACUACAUCGGUGGCCUGGACGCGUUUUGGAUCAACUACGUCGAGCCGCGCUUCCAUUACAACGACCAUGUGUGGGUGAACCCCGCGUACUUCGAGAGGCGCGGCAUUCCGAUUCCCACGUGGUGCAAGUCGGCGCCACCUCCCGCGCUGGAGUACCCCCGCCAAGGGCACCUUGACGUCCCUGGACUGGACAACCUUGCCAAGUGGACAGGCUCGGGAAGCUCACCUGGUCCGCACGUCUAUGGACAGGCGACCGACAAGACGGCGGGGGGUAUCCCUCAUGGGUAUGGGAGCCCGGGCAUCCCCUAUGGACCGUCCUCGCGUAACCCCUUUGGCAUCGACCAUCAGGAGUACGACGACCCGGCAUACAUGUCCCUAGGCUCGAGCAACCCGUCGCACCCGGGACCACAGGGCGGAGGCUGGACCUGGGACCCCCGCUGGAAUUGGGACGCGGGCUACACCUAUGAGCAGGAGACCGACAAGAUGAUCGCCUACAUAGCGAAGGCGAAGGCGGAUGCCGCGUUCACGGAGGAGCCGGCCAAGGCGCACCGCGUGCAGUACAAUCGGCUGCUGUCGGUGCGCCACGACUGAGUUCGCCCGGCUGCGCGGUGCUGGCGCCCGUGCUGGUCUGGCUACUGGCGAUAUCCCGGCGCUCGCGGCGCCAGCGACCUCCGUACUAUGCCGGCCUGGCCACUUCCCCUCUCAGAUCUCCGACGUCGCGUUUUAUCAGUUUUGUUUCGCCGUCCUUCUCACGAAGCCCCAGGGUUCCC